GUGUGGGUGGCCCCAGUACCUGGCCAAACUCACUCCCCCCACCUGGCUCCCCUUCAUCAUGUGUACCCCUGUCUUCUGCCCUGGAACCUGGACAACCAUGUCAAGCUGCCCCCGAGAGCUCUAGGAAGCAGAUCACUAACUUUGCAGCCGGAUGAACCCUGAGCAGCCAGAGGAGACCAGGCUCUCAACACUGCCCCUUGUCCUGCCUUACCAGCUUGGAUCCUUUGACAGGAUCCUCCUAGGCCUCAGACUGGACCCCUGACGAUGGAAUCCUGAAGUGGCCCUGACUUCCAGAGCUCAGUGGCAGACCCCACCAGCACCCCAGGCCCCUCCUGCCCCUCCCACAGCCAGCAGCCCCGCUCUGAGAGGGAGGGGUGGGGAGGGCAUCCUGGUCUCACCCAGCAGGGCGCUUCCAACAUGAUGCUCAACUCUGACACCAUGGAGCUGGACCUGCCUCCCAGCCACUCCGAGACCGAGUCGGGCUUCAGCGACUGUGGGGGUGGGGCAGGGCCCGAAGGCGCGGUGCCCGGUGGUCCCGGAGGAGGCGGCCUGGCACGGGGCUCGGAGCCAGGGGAGCCGGGCCGGAAAGACCUGCAGCAUCUGAGCCGCGAGGAGCGGCGGCGACGGCGCAGGGCUACCGCCAAGUACCGCACGGCGCACGCCACGCGCGAGCGCAUCCGCGUGGAGGCCUUCAACCUGGCCUUCGCCGAGCUGCGCAAGCUGCUGCCCACGCUGCCCCCUGACAAGAAGCUCUCUAAGAUCGAGAUCCUGCGCCUCGCCAUCUGCUACAUCUCCUACCUGAACCACGUGCUGGACGUCUGAGCCCAGCCCGCCCGCGCGCCCUUGCUGCGGGUUCCAAGCCAGCGCUCUGGGGGCGCUGCCUCUUCCACCCCCGCGCCCACGCUUUCAGAGACCCCAGCCCUGGACUCUGUCCGGUGCCGGGGUGGGGACGGACCAUCAGAACCGGAAGGAGAGGAGGCUGGGGUCAGAGUAGGCAGUGGGCUCCUUCCUCCCCGAUCUCCGGCUUUCUGAGCUCGGUUGUCCAGGCUCGGUGGAGGGUUGUGCUCUGGAGAGGCGGGCGGGGGCAGGGAGUGAAGAAUCGCCUGCCAGGGGAAUCUCAGCAGCUAGGAACUGUAGCAAAACUUUCUGUUUCACUCGUGUCCAUCUUGUUCCUGCGGCUCCGCGCAUGCAGCCCUCAGAUGGACUUGGUAGUGAGUGCCUUGCCCUCUCUGAGCUUUUUGGUCACCUCCCUGACUCCUCCCAGCCCAGCUACCCCAGUGUCCUUCCUCCCUGUGUGAUGUUAGAGCUUCCUUCUGGGGUAAGGAACGGCUUCAGCGCCAGACUAUCUGCAGAGGGCCCAGGCCUCGGGUUGGGCGCAGUCUCACGCCUGCCUCCUCCAUCCCAACUUCACGCUGGACGCGUGCUAGCUGAGCCUCGCAAUGCCUCUCCUCUCUGGUGCAAGGAGGCUGCCCUGUGACUGCCCUCCAAACGCUCCAUUCUCCUGGCCCGAGAGGCUGUUUAUCACUUGUGUGCCUCCUUCCCCUAAGCUGCCACCCCAAGGGAAGAGAUACCCCUACCCAGGGCGCUGAGCCCCCAGCUCACUGUAGGGGGCGGCAGCGCAAAGGAGGGGCUAGGAGGCUUCCUUACUGCAUUCCUGUGCUCCCUCCGCCCUCACACCAAACUCCCAACUCCACAAGGAUAUUUAUUUACGUAUUUAUGUAUUUAUUUAUUCAUCUAUUUAUUUAUUUACUUAUUUAUUUAUAAAUAUUACUAUUUAUUGCCGAGUUGUGCACUUUGGGGGUAGUCAUGAGGGGUUCCCCGUGGCUCCAGUGGAACCUCUCUUGCUCCCUCCCUGGUUACUCCUUUCCUUUUCCACCCCCAGCGUGUGUUAGGAUUUCCUUUGCUCACCACAGCUGUGGCCCUCCCUGUCUCAGCCUCCUAGUCCUCUGGAAUAGCUGCUCCCAGCCUCAGCUCCAGGGCCCUUGGAUUUCCUCUGUCAACUCCCUCCAUCCCCUGACAAUCCACCCGGUCCCGUCCAUCUCUCUUCCCUCUCCUGCCUUCCCUGAGACCCUCGCCUCUUCCUAAUACUUCCCAGAGCAGGCUCCCUUUGUCUGCAUCCCGUGUCCCGUGUGCGAGUCCUUCCUGCUACAUUUCACAUAAAAAGAAAAAUUAAAGUGACCUCGUUCUAGCACCA